CUGUCUGUCCACGCUGCAAACUUUGUUCUGAUCAGAAUGAUCAAGUCAAGCCUGCUGUCAGGCGCCAAGUCAAACAUGACUGUCGUGUUCUCCGUCAGCGGCCCAGUCCACACCGGAGCCGUCCUUACCAUCAACAUCACCGAGGAGAGGCUGGAGUUCUCCGAUUACCUCCCGCCCAGCUCAGCCACAGCUGGCUGGGAAGUCUUGUACGAGGUGGGGUUGCUGCUUGUCAAGUAUGUGGCCCCACAGACUAUUCCGGAGAGCACAGUCAACACGGUUGAACUCCUCAAUGUCUUGAACCCGGCCGGGGCCUUCAGCGUCAACUACAUUGUGUCCCUCAACUCAACCGUUACCGCAAAGAGCUCGCACAGGUCAAACUACGUCAUCGCGUACAAGCCCAAUGCACUCCUGAGGGUGGAGUCCAAUCUUGACAACUAUGUCGUUGCUAGUCAACCCCAGCUGAACCUUGCGGUCCAGAUCCGCAACCCACUCCCGAGGGACGCGCGACUUUCCAUCGACCUUCCGAGCACCUUUUCCGUCCUCUCCUCGUUUGCGACCUCCAACCUCUCGGGGCCUGACUGCUCCAUCGCCAUCACUGACGUCGUCGGUCUAAGCAUCCGCCUCCAACGGGUCCCCAGCAGGGAGUCGAAUUGUUCAGCCAUGCCCGCGCAGUCGUGGGUAAACUUGACCUUCCAUGGCUUCGGUUCCCAGCUCUUUUCCGGUCGAGUCCCAGCAGUCCAGGUGACAACUCUGACUAAGGACGGCUAUGAGAUUGACCAUGGCUUGAGCAACAACAUGUACAUGCUUGCGACGGUCAUUGCCAACGCCCAGUACA